AUGAUUCCAGUUUUAGAAGAACGUGCGAAUAACUGGGAUGAAUUUGUAAGAGUAAGGGAUGAAGCGGAUGUUGAAUUGGAUAAAUUGAGGCAGCCACUCGAUGAAGUACUGGCGAAGCCACGAAGAACAAUUAAUGAUGCAAAGCAUGACUUUGACAUCAUUUCUGGUGAACGUCAAAAAUCUCAUAUACUUGACGGUAAAGUUCGUCGACUUCAAGAACUGUCGGAACUGCUUGAUCCACUUGACAGUGCAUACGCCGACGUUCGUUUCAUCGACGUUGACGCAGAACAGACUGUACAACAGUACGAUGAUGUGCUGAAUGAGUUGUCAAGUGAAAUCGAAGACGAAAGCUUACUAUGCGAUUCUGUCGAUCAUUUCAUUACUGAAAUGAAUGCUAUUUGUGAAUCUCUUGCAAAAAAACCAACAAAGGAGACUAUCGAAAACAUUGAACAGUUCCAAAUACCAGCAUUACGAGCACAACUUGCGACACUACAACAGAAACAUGAUGAUGCCAUUCACGGUCGUAAGCAUGUUGAUCCAGACUCAUCACGUUUAUCAAUUUUGAAUGAUCGUAUGAGUUCGUUGGAUGCAUUACUUCGUGACGCAAUAGCAACGGUGGAGAGGAACGAAAAGGAUCGUCUUAUGGAUUCGUUACAGGCCCAGAUAUCGUCCUUACAACUGGUUCCUCUUGGUGAGGUAUCCGAGCAAUCGUUGGUUGACAUCGAAGAACAAAUCCAUAUCCUACCAAAUGAGAGUGCAGAGCCGCUUCAAAAACAGAUUGAUGAUAUUCGGAAUUCCAAGAAAGAACAUGACGAUAGCCUAAAGCACACACAAGAUCAACUGGCCGCGAUUGAGGAAACUAUUGCUUCACUCCCAUCUACGCGUGAUAUCCCCACCCUAGAAACGAACAUCGAGCGUCUGGGAGAAGCUCGUGACAGCUUGGCGGCUCUUUCUCCGCGUCACCUCUCUGAGGAGACUGUUCAGAGCAGAGUUGCGAAUAUUAGAGAGUCCAUUGACUGUCUAACGAAACAAAGUAAUGAAGAUUUACGUGCAUUGCUAGCUGAAAGAGACAGCCGCAUCAGUAUCAUCGAAUCUAUGGAGCAGAUCCAGCGCGAUGUGGAAGAGUUGGAGAACGUUCUGCCAGUAGCGCUGCCGUCUUCUUCGGAGUUGCUUGACUUCCAACAGUCGAGAAUACCAACCCUACUUCUGAAGCUUAACGAGAUUUCUAACGUGCCUGUCGAUUUACUGCCGAAAAAAGAAGAUCUUUCAAACAGAAUAGAUAUCAUAAACAAAAAAUUGGAUGAUCAAGUUUAUGAGACGAGGAAUUUCGAACAAAAGUCUUCCGACUUGCAAAACGUAAUUGAUGAAUGCCGUAGCAAACUAAAAAUCCGAGAUGGUCCUGCUGCUAUUGGUGUUGUGACCAAGGAUGAGCAGGAUUUGUCAGCAGUCCUUUCUGCAUUGGACUCCAUUCCACAGGAUGAUCUCGCUCCAAGGAAUCAAUUGGCUCGAGAUGUCAGCAACAUAAAGGAACAAGUGAAGGUAAUAUUCCAGGAAAAUUUUAUUUUUUGUUCUUGCUAUUAA